AUGAGUUCAAAGAAGAAUACACAUUGUGGAAACAGGAUGAAGUUGACCAGCGAAAAGUUGCCCAAGAACCCCUUUUAUACCUCUCUAUCCCGGUAUGGUGCUAAGAACCCAAAAUUCUUCCAAUGGAGGAAGGAAAAGACUGAUCGUUACAGCCAUGAGAAUUUGGUGGAUAAGGCAUUGCAGCUCUUGAAGGAAAGAAUAAGAAGAGGGGAUGCUAUGGCAUAUUUCCUCCGAGGCCAACUAUAUUUUGAAGAGGGAUGGUAUGAAGAAGCAUUAGAACAGUUUGAAGAAAUCAAGGAGAAAGACCAUCAAGCAACUUACCAGCUAGGAGUGAUGUAUUAUGAUGGGCUGGGGACACCUACAGAUGCUGAAAAAGGAGUGGAAUAUAUGAAGAAAAUUGUUGAUUCUCCAUGUCCCAAAGCAAGACACUUACAGUUUGCAGCUGCCUACAACCUUGGAAGAGCUUAUUAUGAAGGGAAAGGCAUCAAACAAUCAGAUGAGGAAGCUGAAAGACUGUGGCUUUUUGCUGCAGACAAUGGAAAUCCUAAAGCUAGUGUGAAGGCUCAAAGUAUCCUAGGAUUGUAUUAUUCAACAAAAGAGCCUAAAGACUUAGAAAAGGCAUUUUAUUGGCACUCGGAAGCAUGUGGCAAUGGAAAUCUGGAGUCCCAGGGUGCACUUGGACUAAUGUAUUUUUAUGGACAAGGCAUCCGCCAAGAUACCGAAGCUGCCUUGCAGUGCUUAAGGGAAGCAGCAGAACGUGGAAAUGUCUAUGCUCAAGGGAAUCUUGUGGAGUAUUACUACAAAAUGAAAUUUUUUACUAAGUGUGUUUCGUUUUCCAAAAGGAUUGCUGACUAUGAUGAGGUUCACGACAUACCCAUGAUAGCCCAGGUCACGGACUGUCUCCCAGAAUUCAUCAUCAGAGGCAUGGCCAUGGCAUCUUUCUACCAUGCCCGAUGCCUUCAGCUUGGCUUGGGUAUCACAAAGGAUGAAGCAACAGCUAAACACUACUAUUCUAAAGCUUGUCGUCUCAAUCCUGCAUUGGCAGAUGAACUUCACUGUUUACUUAUUCGUCAAAGAAUUUAGACCAUAAUGGAUUUCAACAAAGAUCAUCAACCCUAACACCGUAGAAUGUGUGUAUUUUUACAGGAGCAGCGUUUGGUUAUCUUCUGCAUCCCAAGAUACAUUAUCCUGGGUAUUUUACUAAUGACAUGUUACCUUCGUUCUUAAAUCUCUAAUUUUGCAACUUGAAACCCAGCUAUAGGAUCAAAUUGCAAAAAGAGUCCUUAAAGAUCCAGCUCUUAGCUUACAAACUGGCCGAGAUCACAUCAAAUAUGGAAAACCAUUCCAUAAACAAAUACCUCUUUCUUUUCUUUUAAUAGAGUGUCUAAAAGGCUUAGUGCAGUCUUAGCUAUAAUUCCUUCAGAUAUAUGCUACAAA